GAUUUAAAACAAUAAUUAUUUUUGUUGUUCUCAAUAAGCUUUUUCAAUUUGUUGUAAAUCAAUAAAAUGUGUUAAAACAGCAAUGACUUUUAUCAAAACAAAUAAAAAUAUUGUUGGAUUUGCUGGCAGCAUUUUCAAUUUGAUUUUUGUUGAAACAACAAAAUAAAAUCUUUAUUUCAAACUAUAGAGUUAUUUGUUUCAGUUACUUUUAUUGUUAUUUGAAACGAAAAUUUAACUCAGUGUGUAAGGCAGUGUGUGACCCGCCAUUUUAUUUCGCGCUGUGAACGGAGUUGAAGAAAAAUGUCUGACGCGGAGGAGUUCAUCGAAGAACUCGAUGUGGAAAAAAUAUCCGUGGAGGAAGUCGAGCUAAUAGAAUUGCUCAACAAUUUUGGAAUUACUGAAACUAUUAUUGAAGCCUUUCUUGUCAAUUCUUACACGAUUGAAACACUGAAAGUGAUUCAGCGGCAAGAAAUCGAGCUGCUGAUUCCACCCCCGUCGCUUGCGGAGCGGACCAAGUUCAUCCAUCAAUUGGACAUCUGGAGAACAGCACAGGGGCUACCAAAAAUCCAAGAAGUUCCAGCAAGUGGCAGCAGCUCUGCUUCGGUGCUGGACACCAAGGUAAGGCUGCCUUCUGAACCAAGGAUCACGCGGGAUUCAUGCACGGCCACCUAUUUGCUGAACUACUCGUCGAAGGGACAAGCCAUCAUACGGAAAUACAGCCAAACACCGUUUCUCUCAAGAUCCGACAAAAAAAGUAUCACCCAUAUUGUCGUCGAUGAAUUUAAGAACAGAUUCUCCAAGCUGACGUCAUCAGAGUUGCUUGAACGAUCCAAAGAGCUAAAGCAGAUUUUUCCAAGUGAGCCGCAGGAGACUUGGUAUCAACCAACAUUUGUGACGGACAGCACAGGAAAGAAAAGGAAAAUCAGCAAGCAAGCCAAAGGCCGACUUUACGAUAGGAAUAUCAACUACAAAGAGGUCAGCCAACAGAUAGCGAACCAAAAACCUAACGAAACCGAGCCGUCUGCCGCUGCGGCCGCUACGGGCAGUAUUACGUCGAGUACAGAAGCUGCGGAGUAUCAGCAAGUGAAGGCUUGGCUGGUUCAUAAUCAAGACGAAUGGGAAGAGCUCAAGAUAAAAUGGAAACGAUCUAGCCCUUCCCAGGCAAGGACGAAAUUCUAUUCGAACGGUGGAUUGAUUUUGCUAAUGCAAUUAAACCAAUCUUACAAGUUGAAGUGUCUGAUGUCAAAGGAAAAUCACUCUUGGCAUGCUUAGAUGCAGCUGAUAUUACCGAAGACGCUCGGAACUAUGUGAUUGUUAAUCUUUUGACUCACAUUCUGCCCCGCACACAUAUUAAGUGUUCCGGUAAACAACGAUGGAAACCUUCAUACAGUGAAGCGCAGGACGGAGUCGUAAUUCAUGUGAAGCAAUUAGCUGACCUUGAAUCCAGUCUUUCUCGACUGUUCAAAGGAUCCCGAGAACGAGGCAUUCCGUCUGCUCCGUUUAUUGUAGUUCACGGAGAAGACUGGAAACAUCCUACAAGCUUCACAGUAUGGAACAACAUUGUAUCAUAUAAGUUGCCAAGUUUCCUGAAAGCUUUGGACAUAUGCAUCAAGAUCUACAAGGCGUAUGAUAUCGAGUAUCCGCCACAGUCAGCAGUCAUUUGGAAGCUGCUAUCUUCGUUCCUAUUCAACAUCGGUGAAGCUGUUCAGGAUUCUGCAGUCGAGUCGUUGUGCGCGGCAAUUCGAUUAAAGCUAUCGUCAUAAUGUUUCGUUGCAUCGAGAGUAAUUGUAAUUGGGAGACCACCACGAUCACCCGUCUAUACGAACAUCUUAAUAAAGUGCAUAGUUCGAUAGAAACAUACGUCUGUAAUUUUACCGGCUGUUCCCGAAACUAUAGCGUACGAUCAUCAUUUUUUAGACAUUAUAAAAAACACUACGAAGAUGUCGCUUGGAGAGAUAUUGACGCUGGAUCGAAGAGCCAAGUUUCGAACGAAGUUCCGCAAGCAUCCGAAAUCAAGAAUACGAACGUGGAAGAAAAAAACAGUGAAACGAAAGAGCAAAAUAAUGAUGUUGAAUUAAAAUGUAAUCUUAUGAAACUAGAGAAAGAAAAGAGCAGAAUCGAAAUGGAUGAUCUAUCAAACAAAAUUAAAUAUUUGAGUGUAAACCUCAAUUUGAAAUGGUUAAAUAUGAACACCCUUCCACGAAAAACAGUGUUUGAUAUGCAGAGAGAUGUAAGAACAAACAUACUUCUUCCGUUCAAGGAAACUAUCAAUAAUAUGGAGACAGUGGGUUUGAUUUCAAGAGAAAGCGGCCUCAUUUUCAAACAAAUGUUUGACAUUUUUGAAGGCGAAGAAACCGAAUAUAGACUGGUCCAAGAUUUAAAAGCAUUGGACUUAUAUGCAGACGCGCGAGAAUUUAUAAUAAACGAUGAAUUACGUGCAGGAGUCGUGAAUAAUCAGCAAAUGUUGAUUAAUGAUCAAAUAAGUGGUAAGUUAUUUUAUAUUGACAUCGGUCUUUUAUUAACCUAUAACUGGCAUCACUUUUACGUUUCAGGUAUGCUGAUGCCAAUGAAGUUUCAAUUGAGGAAAUACUUGGAAUCCACAAACGUACUGCGGAUGAUACUGGAGGGUCUAUCUCCGUCCGAAGAUGGCUACAUUCGCAGUCUCGUAGAUGGCUCAAUUUGGAAACACAGAACAACCGCGUCAUCAGAAAUUGUUGUGCCUCUGAAUCUUUUCUUCGACGAUUUCACCACCACAGAUACUGUGUCACCACAUGCUUCCCGAACAUCAAUAUGCGCAAUAUACUAUUACAUUCCGUGUUUGCCGGGUCACGUGCUAGCUAAAUUAUCUAAUAUCUUAGUAACAUGUUACAUUUUAACGGAAGAUAGGAAACAGUACGAAAAUGACGAACUUUUCAGUGCGCUCGUCGACAAUUUGAUUCAAUUAGAGACAGACGGCAUUGAAGUUACAUACGAAGAAAAGAAGAUCACAGUAUAUUUCAUGCUAGGAUUCAUAACUGGCGACAAUUUAGGAAUAGCUGGAAUACUAGAUCUAGUUGAGUCUGCUCGUGCUAACUUUUAUUGCCGUGUAUGCAAAAGGAAUCGUUUUCAAAGAGAAAAAGAUGUUCGUGAAUACCCCGAAACGUUUCGUAACAAAGAGAGUUAUUAUAUGGAUUUAGAGCUGAACGAUGUGUCCUUAACGGGGAUUAAAAAGGAUAGCGUUUUCAACCGCAUUCCGUCAUUUCAUGUGGCAUUCAACAUAUAUUUCGAUUUAAUGCACGAUUUAUGGGAGGGAGUUUGCGUUUAUGGGCUUGCACAUUGCUUAAAUUAUUUUAUCAACACAAAAAGAACCUUUUCUCUUGAUGAGCUGAAUGCAAGAAAAAAUCUAUUUGUAUUUGGAAACCUGAAUAACUCUAACAUACCUAACGACAUUAAAGAUGUGAAUAUUGCAAAAAGUAAGAUCAAACUCACGGCCAGCGAAGUUAAAACAUUAAUAACCUUUUUUCCACUUUUCAUGGGGAAUUCUAUUCCCAGUGAUGAUGCAGUUUGGAAUUAUUUUUGUAAUCUUCUGCAAAUAUGCCAUAUUCUUAUGCUGCGAGAGGUAACAAUGAGUCUUAUCGAAACUUUACGCAGUUUGGUUGAAAUUCAUCAUUCUCAAUAUCAAGAUCUUUUUAAAGACACAUUGAAACCGAAACACCACAAUCUAUUGCACUAUGCAUCAUCUAUGCUCACAUCAGGAACACCUCGCCAACAGUGGGCCAUGAGAGGUGAGGGAAAGCACCGUGAGGCAAAACAGUAUGGCAGAGUUAGUAAUAAUAAAAUCAAUUUAUGUAAAUCACUAAGCAUCAAAGCAGGAUAUAAAUUCGCUUACAAUGUACUCAAUAAUAGCUUCAUCCCUCCUACGAUAGAUUUAGGUGAAUCUAAAAUUAAUGCAAAACCAUUAACUCAAGAUCAUGAGCGUUUGCUCGGCGAUGUCAGUAAGCAGGGUAUACAAUACAUCGAUCGUCUUUCCAAAAAAGGUGCUGUUUAUGAAAAGGGCACCAUAUUUUAUACGAUUUUAGAUAAAUGUAUUAGGCUGUAUGAGCUGGAAGACCUGAUGAAAGACGAGAAAAACACUUGUAUGUUUAUUUGCACUAGAAUUUAUUCUAGCGGUUUUAAUGAUCAUCUACAAUCAUUUGAAGUACAUAGGUCUGAAGAGCACAGAAUCAUUUACGAUGUGGAAAAAACUGAAAUAUUUGCAAUUAAUUUGCAUGAAAUUGACGGAAAACUUUUUUUCAGAUAUUGUAAUUUUAUGCAGGUAGAUUAAAGCCUUGAAUGUACGUACAAUGUUAAAUAUAUACUGAAUUCAAAAAUAUACGGUAUUUGAAGUUGUGAUCGUUUUAUUUUUUUAUUUCAAAAUAAAGCAAAAUAAAAUUUGGUAGGGUGGCGGGAGAAUAGAUCUGGGAUCAAUAAAACCUUUUUUUAUUUCUAAUAAAAACAUUUUAUUAUCAAAAACCAAGUGUUAUUUAUUUUUAAAAUGUUCUGUUUUAUUUUAAAGCAAAGAUAUUGUUAUUUCAAAACAAAAAAAAUAUUGAUUCAAAAAUAAAUUUUGUUGAACCGCAUUGGACCCAGCUGUCAAAUUCAACAAUUAAUAUUUUUAAACUAAACUGCUUGUUGUUAUUAAAACAAUGAAA